AUGGUGGCUUGCCAAAAGGGGUCUGACAAGGAGAGGGACGUAUUCAAGAACGCCCUCACCAGAGACCUCACCAUAGACAAGGAGGAGGGGGACAGCGGGGCGGAGACGGAGAACGUGACGCCAAAGGACAACAAGACGGCAACGGAGAAUGACACAGAAGCAGAGAAUCAGACGGGAGGAGCAGGUGAAGAGACGGAGGGGAACGAGGUGGUGAUUGAUACCUCGGGAGGAGCAGGUGAGGUCGUCCCAGAGGUCAUUGUGCCGCUCUCCGAUGUGUCCAUGCGAUUUGAGGAGUUGUCCGAACCAAUGGACGGGAUGGACGUGAGCAUUAAGCUGUUGCUUCACAGCAAGUCCACUUUCGCCAGGCUGCUGUCCAUCAACAUCAGCGUCCAGGCCAUGAGCUACAACGGCUCCUCGGCCGGGAACAUCCAGUCCGAGGUGAAGGAGGAGACGAUGCAGCCUGGGACAGAACUGUCCGUCCCCAUCCUGGUCCCGUUCUCGGCCUAUCACAAGCUCAUGGUGGAGUGUGACAGCAUGAAGGUCACAGCCAUGGUCAAUGACAAAUACAAGCCGGAGCAAGUCUACCUGGCUGAGAAUGACAUUGUGCUGAUGGAUCCUCCUUUCACCUUAACAGUUUCCAGAACGACCAGACUGCAACAAGAAACCAGUGGAGUAUUGAUUUUCAAGAACCCGGCAGACGAGAGGCUGACGGGAUGCACACUGACUCUGUCUGGAAGUGGAGUAUUUAAAAAGGAGGAGGACUGCAAUUAG